GCGGCGGCGGCGGCGGCUCGCUCCAGUCGUGUCUCUCCCUCACUCACUGGGGAACCCGGUGGUUGGCGGCAGCUUUCGAGGCAGGGACUUGGCGGCCCGAGCCCGCGGAGGGAAAAGUCGGGGCGAGCGGAGCAGCGGGAACCAGCCUGCCGGCGCGAAGUCGCCUCCGGUUCCGCCAUGAGCUGGGGCACCGAGCUGUGGGAUCAGUUCGAUAGCUUAGAUAAGCAUACACAAUGGGGAAUUGACUUCUUGGAAAGAUAUGCUAAGUUUGUUAAAGAGAGGAUUGAAAUUGAGCAGAACUAUGCGAAACAAUUGAGAAAUCUGGUUAAGAAGUACUGUCCCAAACGCUCAUCCAAAGAUGAAGAGCCAAGGUUUACUUCAUGUAUCGCCUUUUUUAACAUCCUUAAUGAGUUAAACGACUACGCAGGACAGCGAGAGGUAGUUGCGGAAGAAAUGGCACACAGAGUAUAUGGUGAAUUAAUGAGAUAUGCCCAUGAUCUGAAAACUGAAAGAAAAAUGCAUCUCCAAGAAGGACGAAAAGCUCAACAGUACCUUGACAUGUGUUGGAAACAGAUGGAUAAUAGUAAGAAGAAAUUUGAAAGAGAAUGUAAAGAAGCAGAGAAAGCACAACAGAGUUAUGAAAGACUGGAUAAUGACACUAAUGCAACCAAGGCAGAUGUGGAGAAGGCCAAACAGCAGUUGAACCUUCGUACACAUAUGGCUGAUGAGAAUAAAAAUGAAUAUGCUGCACAGCUGCAGAAUUUUAAUGGCGAACAGCACAAACAUUUUUAUGUGGUAAUCCCUCAGAUUUACAAGCAACUACAAGAAAUGGAUGAACGAAGGACAAUUAAACUCAGUGAAUGUUACAGAGGAUUUGCAGACUCAGAACGCAAAGUUAUUCCUAUCAUCUCAAAGUGUUUGGAAGGGAUGAUUCUUGCAGCAAAAUCAGUUGAUGAAAGAAGAGAUUCUCAAAUGGUAGUAGACUCCUUCAAAUCUGGCUUUGAACCUCCAGGAGACUUUCCAUUUGAAGAUUACAGUCAGCAUAUUUACAGAACCAUUUCUGAUGGGACCAUCAGUGCAUCCAAACAAGAGGGUGGCAAGAUGGAUGCCAAGUCCACAGUAGGGAAGGCCAAAGGCAAACUGUGGCUCUUUGGGAAGAAGCCAAAGCCACAGUCCCCACCCUUAACCCCUACUAGUUUAUUCACAUCCAGUACUCCUAAUGGGUCCCAGUUUCUCACAUUCUCCAUUGAGCCCGUGCAUUAUUGUAUGAAUGAAAUAAAAACAGGGAAGCCCAGAAUUCCUUCUUUCAGAAGCCUCAAAAGAGGGUGGUCGGUGAAGAUGGGCCCAGCACUAGAAGAUUUCAGUCAUUUGCCACCAGAGCAGAGGCGUAAGAAAUUACAGCAGCGCAUCGAUGAGCUUAACCGAGGGCUGCAGAAAGAGUCGGACCAAAAAGAAGCACUCAACAAAAUGAAGGAUGUAUAUGAGAAAAAUCCACAAAUGGGGGAUCCAGGAAGUUUGCAGCCUAAAUUAGCAGAGACCAUGAAUAACAUUGACCGCUUACGAAUGGAAAUCCACAAGAAUGAGGCAUGGCUCUCUGAAGUCGAAGGCAAAACGGGUGGGAGAGGAGACCGAAGACACAGUAGUGACAUCAAUCAUCUUGUGACACAGGGCAGAGAAAGUCCUGAGGGAAGUUACACCGACGAUGCAAACCAAGAAGUCCGUGGGCCACCACAACAGCAUGGUCACCACAGCGAGUUUGAUGAUGAGUUCGAAGAUGACGACCCCUUGCCUGCUAUUGGACAUUGCAAAGCUAUCUACCCCUUUGAUGGGCAUAAUGAAGGUACUCUGGCAAUGAAAGAAGGUGAAGUUCUGUACAUUAUUGAGGAGGACAAAGGUGAUGGAUGGACAAGAGCCCGGAGACAGAAUGGCGAAGAAGGCUAUGUUCCCACGACAUACAUAGAUGUAACUCUAGAGAAAAACAGUAAAGGUGCAGUAACUUAUAUCUAAACUAAGCAGGCAUCUUUGUGCCAUGUAUAACAUAAAAUGACAACACAUUCCACAGGUCAGAGAAACCAAAAAGUCAAGGGCAUCCGAUCUAUUGUUCACUAUGUGAGCUGAGUGCAGGCCUGAUCAGAGAGAGGUGAACACUGCCACAAGACACUCUCUCUGACGCCUUGCUGUUCAAGUGAUGUCUGUGUGGAAGCUUAUUUGAUGCCUUUUGCUUUCUGUCCUGCCUAAGUGUGUGUAAAGGAUGUGUGCUUUUCUGCCUUAUAAAUAAUAGAUUUGCUUAUUAGGCAAGAAUCAUAGGUAGAAUGUUCCCUGACCCCUUCACUUCAGAAACAACAGUGAUGGUUGAAUUGAAAUAAACAAUCCUGUUCUGAACUGGAGAAACUGAUUCCUAGGAGCACCUCAGCCUAGGAGCUUGAAUUUAUAGCUUCAGGUUCUAGGAAGAAAAAUAAUAGUUGGAUAAUUGGGUAAAAUAACAGUCAUUGUCCUUGCUAUUCUUCACUUGGUUUCCUAAAGAAAGAAAGUGAGUACCUGGUAUAUAGUCUAUUUAAUAUGAGCUCAUCAUGGCAUCACAGGAUAAAUCACCUGGUGGAGGAGCUUGUAUGCAAAUAAAACAGCAUUGAGACCUGAACAGAUUUUCAGGUCUACUGGUAAUUUUCAGUGAUGUACAAAGUUCAUUCCAAGUUAAUCUUAAAGUUGUACUUUUCACUUGAAGAUGUCUUUUAGGAAUAUUACAUUAGUGCUCAUUUAGCAUUUGGCAGUUACUUGUAAGAGAAACUGAAUCUAAUUCAGUGAAGGUAGAGGACAGUCUGCAGUAGAGGAAAAUGCUGGCAAUGUUGACUCGUAGAGGAGAAACAUUUUCUCUACUAAGAUGGAAGAAGGCCUCUGUACUACCAUUGAGGGAUUCAUUGUAGUGGGAUCAUUGACUGUCAGAAUAGAUACCUUUUUUCCAAUGUCAUUGUCCAGUCAAGAGUCCUACAGUGUGGUAGUCACAUGGCCACACCCUAGUUCAUUGAAUGGGAAAGUAAAGGGAGGAAGCAGGAACACUGGCUUUUGCUUAUCUUAUGUUUCAAAGCUGUCUGGUGUUUUUAGUAGCUGACUAUAAAAUACUUUGAGGAACAUUGGGAUGGACACUUUAAACUGAAUGCCCCUUUUGGUCUUACCAAAGGUCUUCAGUAAUUGUUUUUUUCUUUUUCCUCCUGGACUGCAGGUUCCUGAAGAGGGUUUCUGAGGAAAUGGGCAAGAUGUUGAAGGAGGUUACAUGCAGCUGCUUUUGGGGGGAGGGUAUUAGAGUUGUCAGGCUCAAAGAGAAAGUGAGAGAAGCAAGUUGCAUGAAUGCAUGCAAAUUUUUUUUACUAACUUCAUUAGCAUUUCCAUACAUUAAAAUCAUUAUAGUACCAGUCCUUAAAUUCCUAGUUCACAGUUGUUCACAUGGAAGAAGAAGAAGAAAAAAAAAAAACAGCAAUGGCUGACCUCUUUUUUCAUUUCUUUUACUGAUACCAAAUCAGAAAGAAUGCAGAGCUGUCUUAAAGUUCGUCUUCCUUUGGGCGGUCCCAAUGGACUGGCUCCAUCCAGCUCUGUUUUGAUUGGCUUUUAGACCUGUCGUCUGGUAGAACCCUUGCCAUUUGUCAGUGUCUGCCUGCGCCACCUCCGUGCUUGCUUAACAUCCUGUUGCAUGUGUAGAGUGAUCUGGGCUAGAGUUUUCAGGCAUGUCUUUGUAACCCCUGUUCUUGUCCAAGCCUUUGUUUCGUUUUGCAUUUGUAGUGCAAAUCACGUUGUCAGACGUCAGCACUAAUGUUUCCACCUUAGUGUUUGUGUAUGCUGCUACAACUUCCCCCUGCAAACCUUCCAGUUCGGGCAUUGUGAAGACGUAGUGUGACUG